AUGCCUCCGAAGAAGCGUAAAGCGAUCAACGAAGAGAUUCUGAGAAAUGCACGAGAAUCCAAGGAAAAUGUAUUCGUUGAGCGUGUAGAACAGGAAUUGGAGAGUCUUAACGUCACAGUUCUUCGCGAGGCAAAGCGCAAUCUCGAAACAGAGCUAUCAGAGGCCAAAAGAUUACACGAGGAAUCCGAAAAGGAUAAAAUUAUUCUCCGCCGGGAGUUGCAGACGGCCCACUCUGAACUUUUCAAACUGAGGGAGCAGUUGAGCACAGCUCUUUCGAACUUUGCCGUUUUCCGGAAGGAAACGGAAGAAAAAGCGAGAGCAACGAUCAACAACACUCGGAAAAUUGCGGAAAAACGGCUCAGCAGCGAGAAGAAAGUUCUGAAGGAUGAAAUUUUGGCUUUGAAAAUGGCGUCUCCAAAAGGGACUGGAAGAUUGAAGCCGUUCAACAUGAUUUGUGACAAGUCAAAAAAAGAUCGAUGUGUGCGUGUGGUGAAAGCGAUUCAGGGCAUUGUCGGUGAGCAGUACAUGGACGACUUCCUUCCUGAAUUCGUCCGAUACAUCGCGCGAAACUCGUCAUUUGCCAUCAACUUUUCUCUUUCGCCCUGGGAUUCCUUUUUCGCCACUGUACAGUGGAAGCUCACCACCAAAUUCCUUCGGGAAUUCAAAGCGUUUCUUCGAGAUCGCCUCGGCAUCGACGUUUUUUCGUCCGUUCACACGAUCAAUGAGUUCAGAAAGCAGCACUCUGCCGAAGAGGAUUACGACAUCUUGAUUCAUCAGACACAGAAAACAAUCGGCAAUCGCGUUUUCCGGAACACGUCGGCCGUCGCUCGGGCAAAAGAUGUGAAGUGUCUUUUGAGACGUCGAGUUGAAGCUCUUUCGGAAAGUGGUCGGCUCCAAUUUGACGAGGGAACGGGAGAUGCAAUUGUUAUCGCGAUUGGCGGUGACAAGGGAUCCAAUCAAACGAAAGUUGGGCUCAUUUUUGAAAAUGUUGACAAACCGAACGAUCCGUACGGAAUUCUUCUCCUCGGACUGUACGAAGGAUCCGAUGACCAUGCGACACUGAAAGAGAACCUGCUGCCCGUUUUCGAUCAAUUGAAUGUGUUAGAGUCCCUGGAAUACAUGGAGAAUGGCUCGCUCGUUGUCCGUGACGUGAAAAGGAUGCUUGUGGGAGAUUGCAAAUUCAUUAGUGCUGUUCUAAACCACAAAGGACAAUCUUCUCGGUAUCCGUGUUUCAGCUGCAAUGCCAUGUGGAGCAGUCAUGGCCAAAACGCGGCUUCCAUGGAAUCAUUUCCGUUCGAAGCAAGCGGAAAUCCGCGAUGUAUGCAGCAGUACCUGGACGAAGGAGAGCCUAUCCUACAUUUCGAUAUCGAUAAUAUUGUUCCGCCGGUCGUUCAUUCCUUUCUCGGACUUGGACAGAACUAUGUCGUCGAUUGGGCCGUGGCGAAGGCGAACAAGGAGGAUUGUGGGUCGGAUACGCUGGACACGACCUUGAAGGGGCAGUACAAGAUUCUGAAAGAAAGGAAACUGGAAAGAGAUACUUACGAAACACGAGUUGAAGAGCUCGAGAAAUCCGAUUCUCUCCUUUCCGACGCACUCAAUGUUCUUCAGAAAUUGUGCUCAGCUUCCCGAUCCAGAAAAGAUCGAUCAGACGCCUGUGGAUGUUCGAUUUGCAUUGUCGCAAGUGCAAAAAAAAGGACAUUCCGUGAUCAAGCGGUCUUCAAAUGCGCAUCUUGUGAGCGACACAUUCACCACCUUUGUGCUCUUCUUAUUUUCGCAGAUGACAAGCACAAAAUUAGCAUCGGCAAGGGAAGAUGUCUCGAUUGCCGACAGGGAUCCAUUGUCUCAGCGGACGAUAUGCUGCCGAUGUUCCAGCGAGCGCAUACCACACUCACUGCGAUGCUGACGAACGACCGUGACCUACUUGCCGCCGCUUCUGAUGAUGUUGAAAAUCUGGAAAGUCUCCUGAAAGGAUCAUCCGGACCUACGCGACAACGGCUUGAACAAGUCAUGCGUGAUAUCGGUUGUGAUUCAAGGAUUUGGUUCCAAGAUCUGACUGGAAACCAAAUCAGAACACUCCUCCGAUCUGAGAACAUCGACGCCAUUCUCUCCGUUUUCCGCCCUGACAAGGAAACGGUGAUCAUGCGUCGAGUGAUGGAAUGCUUGUCGUUCCUCAUGACAAAUGCGAAUAAUGCUGUGAAGACGGAUCUCGAGAUCGACAAAAUCGAACAAGUCGUCGGCCAUCUGACUACAAACCUGCGAUUGAUUCACGCCAAAUCGACGGUGACUCCCAAAGUUCACAUCGUGUGCGCGCACCUCGUUCCGUAUUUGCGUCUUCAUCGUUCGUGGGGACGGCUGUCCGAGCAAGGAUUCGAGCACAUGCACGCAGUGAUGAAUGCCGUCAAUAGGCAUUACGCUUCGGUUCGCGACACGAAGCUGAGAACUAUUCUCGUUUUGCAGCAGUGGACCAAUUACAACGUCAUUUAUGACGCUGGUAAAUCGUGGCAUCCGAAAGAAUAA